AUUAAAAGAAAAAAAAAAUCCUAAAUUCCAAAACCUCCUCCCUCGCUUCCUCCCUCGGACAAACAGAGAGACACUCCUCCUUUCUUGUUGUCUCCGACGGCCCGGAAACCCAAUCCAUGCCUUCUCCCUAAUCGAAAUGACCCCUACCCCUUUACUCCGGAGCCAAGAAACCGACAAGGAAACCAAGCCAACCACCAGUGGCAGCCGUGGAGGAGCUGCCAUGAGAGUGAUAGUGCCCUUACAGGGCGUGGUGCAAGGGAGAGGCGGUCUUGUUUUGGGCUCUGUAAUUCCUUGCGCUCUCUUUUAUUUUCUUCAACUGUACUUCAAAAGAAACCGUAACGACCCCAAAGAUAACACUGACACGCCUUCUCGGAGUUCUCCGGGGUCUUCUCCAUCUCCGUCGGUGGGUCAUCUAACAGAGCUUCAUGGGUUGCCCCGGUCUUUUUCCCGUGCCCAUCUAUCGCCAAGAAGUCCAAAUGCACCUAUUUCGGUUUCGGGUCGGGCUAAUUCGAUCGUGAAGAGUGCUGAUUCUCCUUACUAUGUUGGAUUGAAGAAGGCUGCGGAGGAUCCAUACGAUGAAUUGGGUAAUCCGGAUGGUGUUAUUCAGCUUGGUUUGGCUGAAAACAAGGUAACGUUGGAUUUAGUUGAGGAUUGGCUUGCGGAGAAUGCAAAUUAUGCAAUAUUGGGUGGAGAGUUGGGAAUCAGUGGGAUUGCUACUUACCAACCUUCUGAUGGAUUGAUGGAGUUGAAAAUGGCCAUGGCAGGAUUCAUGUCACAAAUGAUAGAAAAUAUUAUUUCCUUUAACCCCUCACAGAUAGUAUUGACAGCCGGUGCAACAUCUGCAAUUGAGAUGCUCAGUUUCUGCCUGGCAGACGCUGGAAACGCAUUUCUUAUUCCUACACCAUAUCAUCCAGGAUUUGACAGGGAUGUUAAAUGGCGUACAGGGGUGGAGAUCGUACCUGUUCCAUGCCGAAGCACUGACAACUUCUGUCUAAGUAUUACAGCUCUUGACCAAGCAUUCAACCAGGCGAAGAAACGUGGUCAAAAAAUUCGUGGGAUUAUAAUUUCAAACCCCUCAAAUCCUGUUGGCAAUCUGCUUAAUCGAGAAACACUUUACAGCCUUCUGGACUUUGCCCGAGAGAAAAACAUCCACAUAAUAUCUGACGAAAUAUUUGCAAGUUCCACUCAUGGUAGUGAAGAGUUUGUGAGUGUCGCAGAGAUUGUUGAUUCGGAAAAUCUUGAUCGGGAUAGAGUUCAUAUAGUUUACAGUCUAUCCGAGGAUUUGUCAAUUCCAGGUUUUAGCGUAGGGGCUAUUUACUCUUCCAAUGAGGACGUUCUGGCUGCUGCGAAGAAACUGACUAGGUUCUCAUCUAUUUCGGCCCCAACCCAACGUCUUCUUUUAUCCAUGCUUUCAGAUUCGAAAUUUAUUCAGAUGUUCAUUAAGAUCAACAGAGAGAGGCUUCGGAGAAUGUAUGAUCAAUUCUUGGCAGGGCUGAAGCAACUGGGCAUCGAGUGCACAAAAAGCAACGGGGGAUUCUACUGUUGGGCUGACAUGAGCGGACUAAUUUACUCAUACAGCGAGAAAGGGGAGUUUGAGCUUUGGGAGAAGCUGCUAAACAUAGCUAAGAUCAAUGUAACUCCUGGAUCUUGUUGUCAUUGUAUUGAACCUGGAUGGUUUCGUUUCUGUUUUGCUUCAUUGACUGAGAAGGAUAUCCCUGUAGUUAUACAAAGAAUUCGGAGGAUUUCUGAAACCUGUAAAUCUCACAGUUAAAAAAGCCAUUGAUUUACUCUAGAUAUGUUGUGUGAAGAUUUUUUUGAUAGCAAAAGUUACUUACUUUAAGCACUUGUUGGACUCUUGGGUGGAGGUGGCCUUCACUUCUAAUCCAAGAAGCACUUGCUAUGUAACUGAUUUUGGUCA